CACCACUUUAUAGGUAUGCUGUCUUUUCCUGAACAGUUGUACUCACUAAAUGAAUACAAACCACCUAUUUCGAAGGCUAAAAUGACACAGAUCACCAAGGCAGCAAUCAAGGCUAUAAAGUUCUACAAACACGUUGUACAGAGUGUUGAGAAAUUCAUUCAAAAGUGCAAACCAGAAUACAAGGUGCCUGGUCUCUAUGUUAUUGACUCUAUUGUGCGACAGUCCCGGCAUCAGUUUGGGCAAGAAAAGGAUGUGUUUGCUCCUAGAUUUAGCAAUAAUAUCAUCAGCACUUUCCAGAAUUUAUACCGUUGUCCUGGAGAUGACAAGAGUAAAAUUGUUAGAGUGCUAAAUCUGUGGCAGAAAAAUAAUGUAUUCAAGAGUGAAAUUAUCCAGCCUCUCCUGGAUAUGGCGGCUCCAGUCUUGCCCAGUACUACAGCUGCUAUGAGCAACAAUACACCAGGAACUCCUGUGACCCCUGUUACUCCAGCUAAUGUUGUACAAAGUUUACCUGAUCCUUGGGUUUCUCAAAUUGCUAAUACAGAUACACUUACUGCUGUUGCACAUAUCUUACAGAGUCCCCAAGGCCAACAGCUUCAGCAGUUAAUACAGACGCUGCAAAUACAACAACAGAAGCCACAGCCUUCACUUCUUCAAGCGCUAGAUGCUGGUCUUGUUGUUCAGUUACAGGCCCUCACAGCACAACUUACAGCUGCAGCUGCUGCCGCCAACACACUUAAUCCACUGGAACAGAAUGUCUCUUUUAACAAGAAGCUGAUGGACAGGUUUGAUUUUGGGGAAGAGCCUGAAUUAAGUGAAGAGCCUAAAAAAGAAACUCCCAAUUCCCAACUGCCUCUAGUAUCAGAGUCUGUGAACAGCUCACUUUUUCAUCAACUUGCUGAACAACUGCAACAACAAAAUUUAGAACAUCUCCGACAGCAACUUCUAGAGCAACAGCAGCCUCAAAAGGCAAGCCCUGAGGAAAAUCAAGAAGGAAAUUUUGGGUCCGAGCACUCUGCAUCACCAUCACAAGGGAGUAGUCAACAGCAGUUUUUAGAAGUGGAAACAAACCUAGAUGAUUCAAUGGAUAUUCAACAACAGGACAUGGAUAUAGAUGAAGGGCAAGAUGUAGUCGAAGAAGAGAUUUUUGAACAAGAAGAAAAGAAAUCAGCUGUUCGCUCAAGAUCAAGAACACACUCAAGAUCUCGGUCAAGGUCACCAAGAAAACGGAGGUCUAGGUCACGGUCUGGUUCCCGAAAACGUAAACAUAGGAAACGUUCACGCUCAAGGUCAAGAGAAAGAAAGAGAAAGUCAUCGCGGUCAUACUCCAGUGAAAGACGAGCUAGAGAAAGGGAAAAAGAACGCCAAAAAAAGGGAUUGCCUCCUAUUCGAUCUAAAACAUUAAGUGUUUGCAGUACUACUCUUUGGGUUGGUCAAGUAGACAAGAAGGCCACACAGCAAGAUUUAACUAAUUUGUUCGAAGAAUUUGGACAAAUAGAAUCUAUUAAUAUGAUUCCUCCAAGAGGUUGUGCAUAUGUCUGCAUGGUUCAUAGACAAGAUGCAUAUCGUGCUCUUCAGAAACUUAGUUCUGGAUCCUACAAAAUUGGAUCUAAAAUUAUUAAGAUUGCUUGGGCUUUAAAUAAAGGUGUGAAAACAGAGUACAAGCAGUUUUGGGAUGUGGAUCUUGGAGUUUCGUAUAUACCUUGGGAAAAAGUGAAAUUGGAUGAUUUAGAUGGCUUUGCUGAAGGAGGCAUGAUUGACCAGGAGACUGUAAAUACAGAGUGGGAAACUGUGAGGAGUGCAGAGGCUGUUAAAGAGAAUAUCCAAACUACUCAGAGUGCAACUGUUGAUAAGAAUACGGCCGUUACCACACAGACAGAAGCAUAUACUCAACCUGUAACUAUGCUGCAGAUUCCAGUAACUCCAGCUGUGCCUGCUGUUAGUUUAGUUCCACCAGCAUUUCCUGUAACAAUGUCUGUCCCGCCUCCUGGCUACAGUGGACUUCCACCACCUCCAUUCUUGCGGGCAAGUUUCAACCCUUCCCAACCACCUCCUGGUUUUAUGCCUCCUCCGGUUCCACCAGUGCCACCGCCUGUUGUUCCACCACCUGUUGUUCCAUCAGUAGUCCCAACAUCUCUAGUGCAGCCUCCCCUAUCCAUUACUCAAGAGGCAAUGAAAGAUGUUUCUUUUGGUAGCCUUGUUUUACCAGUUGGCACCAUGUCUAGUGGUCUAGCCACUCCAACAUUAUCAACAGGAAGUGUUUUUAACCCUCUUCCAAGCAGCAAACCAGAGUCAGAAGAAAAAGGAUCACAUCUUGCAGACAUUCAGAUUUCUUCCAGUGAAAACAACAGAUCUGUUCAAAAUGAUGUCUCAAGCAGCUCCGGACUCACGGGAGGAGUGCAGCCACCCAGUGUCUCAAGCAGCUCUGGACGUGCAGGAGGAGUGCAGCCACCCAAUGUCUCAAGUAGCUCCGCUCUUGUGGGAGGGGUGCAGCCAUCCAGUGUCUCAAGCAGCUCCACACUUGCGGGAGGAGUGCCGCCACCCAGUGUCUCCAGCAGUUCUGCCCUUGCAGGAGGAGUGCUGCCACCCAAUGUCUCAAGCAGUUCUGCACUUGCAGGAGGAAUGCCACCACCUGGUGUCUCAAGCAGCUCUGGACUUCUGGCAGGACUGCCUCUGCCGAACGUCUCAAGCAGCUCUGGACUUCUGGCGGGACUGCCGCCACCGAACGUCUCAAGCAGCUCUGGACUUCUGGCGGGACUGCCGCCACCGAACGUCUCAAGCAGCUCUGGACUUCUGGCGGGACUGCCGCCACCGAACGUCUCAAGCAGCUCUGGACUUCUGGCGGGACUGCCGCCACCGAACGUCUCAAGCAGCUCUGGACUUCUGGCGGGACUGCCGCCACCGAACGUCUCAAGCAGCUCUGGACUUCUGGCGGGACUGCCGCCACCGAACGUCUCAAGCAGCUCUGGACUUCUGGCGGGACUGCCGCCACCGAACGUCUCAAGCAGCUCUGGACUUCUGGCGGGACUGCCGCCACCGAACGUCUCAAGCAGCUCUGGACUUCUGGCGGGACUGCCGCCACCGAACGUCUCAAGCAGCUCUGGACUUCUGGCGGGACUGCCGCCACCGAACGUCUCAAGCAGCUCUGGACUUCUGGCGGGACUGCCGCCACCAAAUGUCUCAAGCAGCUCUGGGCUUUUGGCGGGACUGCCGCCACCAAAUGUCUCAAGCAGCUCUGGACUUCUAGUAGUACCACCACCCCAUGUCUCAAGUAGUUCGGGACUUCUGGGGAUGCAGCAUCCAGCAGGUGUUCAAAACAUACACCAUUUAAGUAUUAGUAGUCAAAGGAUGCCUGGAAUGCCUCUCUUAGAUAUCCGUCCAGGACUAAUACCCCAGUCACCCGGACCAAGAUUUCCAUUAAUACAGCCUGGAAUACCACCACAGCGCAAUAUCCCUCCUCCAACGAUCCUUGACCCAUCCCUUCAUCCACCACCUAGAGGUCCUUUUCCUCCUCCGGGAGAUCUUUUUAACCAAACAGAAAGACAUUUUGGGACACCUGGAAGACAAAAUGUUGAUAACAUUUCUAAUCCAGAAAAAAGGUUACCACUUGGAGGUGAUGGCAUUCAACAGGAAGGAGACAGAGACUAUCGCUUUCCACCAGUGGAAAACAGAGAGACUCUUAAUAGGCCAUCCCCAGUUGAUGUCAGGGAUUCUAUCGGACGGCCACCAGUAGAUCCAAGAGAGGGUCUAGGAAGACCUCCAAUAGAUGGAAGAGAACAUUUUGCAAGACCACAUAUAGAUCUGAGAGAAAAUUUUGGAAGACCAAGUGUGGAUAAUAUUGGUCGAAGAGAGCAUUUUGGUUUCAAUUCAGAAAAACCUUGGGGACAGAGAGGAGAUUAUGAUGAAAGAGAACACAACAUUUUCCCUAUCUAUGGUGCUCCUAAAAAUUUCCAUGAAGAUAGAGAGAGAUUUCGGCAUAUAAAUUACAGAUUUGAUAAUAGAAGUGGUCCGAACUGGAACAGGGGAUUUGAACAAGACGCUCACAGAGAUUUUGAUGACCGCAGAAGGCCCUGGGAAAGACAGAGGGACAGGGAUGACAGAGAUUUUAAUUUUUGCAGAGAAGUAAAUGGAAACAGAUUUGGAAGAGAGAGAAUUCAGAACAACUGGAUCCCUCCUCCACAUCCAAGGGUUUUUGAAUAUUUUGAAGGGGCCACUUCACAGCGCAAAGCUGAUAAUAUACCCCAGGUAAAUGGUGAAAAUACAGAGACAGAAAGUCAGCCACCAAAUGUGCAAGUGCAGAAUGAUCCAGAACUUUAUGAAAAACUAGCAUCUUCAAGUGAGAUAAACAAAGAGAAGAGUGACACAGAAGCUGAUAUAGAAAGUGAACCAGUGGUAGAAAGCACAGAAACUGAGGGGACAUAAUCAUCACUCAGUAGGUAAAAGAUACCUUUUGUAAAGUUGUCAUCUCUCUGUAAUAGAUAAAUGGCUGACUGGACCUUAGCAGUUCACUUUUGUCUGCCAGAAUUAAGUUAAUCUGAUGUUCAUGUUCUUCUUUCACUUAAAUAACUGUACAACUGACUUGUGUAGAACACUGUUCUUAAUUUGAACAUGGUAGGUAAACAUUUUUUAUUUCUCUGAUAAAACACAGACUUGCCCCCAGUUGCUUUUAAUGUCACAACGAUGAAUAACAGCUUGUCAAACAAAGACUUCCUAUGGAAGAAAAUGGAAUUUUUUAGAUACUACCAUUAGGUUGGCUGUGGAAAUUGUUAUACUUGAAAGCAGGUGCUGGUGUAUCUUGUCCAUGUUUUUAGGCUGCUGCAGAAUUUUAAAUAUAGACAAAGCUGUGAAUAUUACAUGUUCCUGAAAUUUGGCAAAAAAAA